GCAUAUAGAUGGGGACAUGCACCUCAUAAGAUGGGGCUUUGCAGUUCAUGGUGCCAUAGAUGGACACUCUCGGCUGAUCACUUAUCUGAACUGCAACACAAACAACCGUGCCACCACUGUACUGUGUCAGUUUCUUAAAGCCACAUGCCAUUAUGGACUACCCUCUAGAGUACAAUCGGAUUAUGGUGGUGAGAACCUGCAGGUGGCUUUAUUCAUGAACCUUGUGCAGGGCAUCGAGCGCCGGAGUUUCAUCACUGGGGAAUCAAUCCACAACCAGAGAAUUGAGCGUCUUUGGAGGGAUGUGUUUUUGCAUGUGUUGCAGUCUUUUUACAGUACAUUCUACUCUCUUGAAGAUUCACAUCUUCUGGAUCCCAGUAAUGACAUUCACAAACUUUCACUCAGCAUGGUUUUUCUUCCUGAGAUUCAAAAAAGUCUGGAGCGCUUUAGGGAGGCCUGGAACAACCAUGCUUUGCGCACGGAAAACAACCGAACACCAUCUCAAAUAUGGACGGAAGGCAUGCUCUCAAAUAUGGCAAGAGACAGUGCAGCGACCAACAAUGUGUUCGGGGAAAAUCCCUACAGCCCACACCAUUUGGAGGCAGUUCUGGCACAGCAUAGAAUUGACUCUUUACCUGCUACUGAUGAUGAUGAUCUUCCAGCUGUAAUUGUAGAGCAGUCUCAAAUCAAUCUCAGUCAGCAGCAACAGGAGUCAAUCUCUCAUGCCAUUGAUCACAUUUCUGAUUUGAAGAUGAAGUACCUGACAUGCUGUGCAGAAAUUACAAAUGUUAUGGCAACCUAAGACUUUUAACCCGUUUUUCAAAUGGGGAUGCCAUAUGACAUGUCUGAUGUCCUCUAUGACAGUAAACUGAAUAUCUUUGGUUUGUGGACAAAACAAGACAUUUGAGGACACCAUCUUGAGCUUUGAGAAACAUCAUUUUUCAACAUUUUAUAGAACAAAUGCAAUGGUCUAGGUCACAUAUGUCAAACUCAAGGCCCACAGGCAGAAUAAGGGUCGCCACGUCAU